AUGUUAUUCAUCAAUCAAACCCAUGCCAAUCAUUUUAUCAUUCUGGGACUAUUAAAUACAACUGAGACAAACAUGCCUCUCUUCAUUGCAUUUCUGUGUAUUUUUCUAGUCACCCUCACAGGAAACAUAAUCAUUAUAACAGUAGUUUGCCUUGACCGUGCUCUUCAAACCCCUAUGUAUUUUUUCCUCGCCAACCUGUCUUUUCUGGAAAUUUGGUACACAGUUACAAUUGUCCCCAAAUUGUUAGUCAAUCUCUCUCUAAAAUGCAAUUAUAUUUCCUUUGUUGGCUGCAUGACUCAACUUUUUUUCUUUGUGACAUUUGGAGCAUGUGAGUGCUACCUGCUCUUAGUUAUGGCUUAUGAUCGGUAUUUGGCUAUUUGUAAACCUCUAUAUUAUUUAACUGUGAUGGAUAACAAGACAUGUUUAUAUCUUGUUUCUGGUUCCUGGAUUAUUUCUGUUUUCACAGGAUUGAUCCCAGUCAUGCUUAUUUCUCAGCUGGAAUUUUGUGGGUCUCGGGAGAUUAAUCAUUUCUUCUGUGACAUACCACCCCUACUACAGUUAUCCUGUGGAGAGAUUUACAACACUGAAAUAUCUAUUUUUAUACUGUCCCUGGUAGUUCUUUUCUUCUCUUUAAUUUUGACACUGGUUUCCUAUCUUUUUAUUGUAGUCUCUAUACUGAGCAUUUCAUCAUCUAAUGGCAGGAGUAGGACUUUCUCCACAUGUGGUGCUCAUCUCACAGUGGUGCUGAUCUAUUAUGGCACAAUGAUAUUUAUUUAUGUCAGGCCUCACUCAGGACACAUGUCAGAAAUGACCAAAUUUGUGUCUGUUUUUUACACUGUAGUCACUCCAGGACUGAACCCCAUAAUUUACAGUCUAAGGAACAAAGAAGUAAAAAUGGCAUUUAAAAAAAUCAUCCUUAGAUUAUUGUCUCCAUGCGGAUCUUUAUUGACCUUUAAAAUGCAAAUGGAACCUUAUCAUAUUUGUUAA